CCGGAGCCCCUCACAGCGGAGGUCGUGGUCUUUCCUCAUUUCCAGGUCCUUCUGACUGAGUGUGAGGUGAGCUGAUUAACAGGCUGUGUGGUCACCUUUGAAGGCACAUUCUGUGACUCCUCAACAUACUGUCACCUGAGGAAACAGCCCAGACCCCAUCAGGACCAGGACCACAUGGCUGCUCCUCAGGGACUGUUGACCUUCAGGGAUGUGGCCAUAGAUUUCUCUCAGGAGGAGUGGGAAUGCCUGGACCCAGCUCAGCGGAAGUUGUACCUGGAUGUGAUGGUGGAGAACUACAGCAACCUGGCCUCCCUGGCCCAGGAAAUGAAAAUUGGGUCCGCAGCCCUGCCACUCUGCUGUCAUCAUCAGCUGAUACGUUUGUUUUUUAAGCUCAGGAAGGCCACAGAAGACACUUUUUGGAAUCUGACAACUGGAACAAAAAGAACCUUGAAUUCGGUGCAUACUUUGGUUUUGGUGCUGCAGCUUCUCUGGUCCUCAGCAUGGAUUAAGAAAGAACUCGAUGUGCACGGCAGAAACCCAGAAUUGGCGGGCUUGACUCCCUGGCAAAUGGCUGCAUUUUUCCACUUUUCUGUUCAGGACCACUAAUUGCUGAGAUGUGGAUGCAUACCGAAAUAAAAGUGAUUCAUUGUGUUAUAAAGGAUUUUUUUUUUGUUGUUUU